AUGGCUCCUCGAGACAAGGAGCGGCACAGUGCCAACCCGCGAUCCUCGGUCAGACAGCCAGAAAAGAAAUCUGGCGGAGGAGGGAAGUACACUGUCGGAAAGGCGGGAGAUGAGAGAUGGGGUGCAGUCCUGAAGAGGGAAGAUCCCAACUACGACCCUGAGGAGAAGCGUGUUGAUCCCGAAGAUGGAUGUGCAUACACCUGGGAUCAGCUGGCUGAGUUCUACCGUGGCAAGUACAAGAUGAAGCAGCUGGAGGAAUACUGGGAUUAUGAGUGCAAGCCGGCAAAGACGAGAAGCAAGCAGCGUAAGGUGGAAUCUGCGCAGGCCGGAAAGGAUCCUACUCCAGCAGAGUCUGCGAAGCAGGGCAAGAAGGCGGCAGCGGCGGCAGCGAAGCCGAAAGCCAAGACGAAGGCGAAGCCCAAGGCCGAAGCGAAGCGCUUGCAGCAGGGAGACAUGGAAUCUGAUGGACCCCUGGCCAAGGAGAUUGCUUUGCAUAUACCCUAUUUCCCCUUCAAGAAGAUCGAGAGGUUCUAUGACAUUCAGGGCCUGCUGCAGCACCCGAAGCUUCUCAACGCGAUGUGUGCGGUCUGGGCAAAGCGAUUCCGAAAACUGGGUGUGACAAAGAUCUGCGGCUUUGAGGCUCGCGGUUUCCUUUUCACGCCCGUUUCCAUCAAGCUUGGCGUGCCUUUUGUGAUGCUCCGCAAGGCUGGAAAGCUGCCAAACACAAUCUCCAGCGGCCCGUACACAAAGGAGUACGACGGCUUGGACGAGAUGUGCGUGCAGAAGGGAGCGGUUGUCAAGGGCGACAAAGUGGUCCUCAUUGACGACCUGAUUGCCACAGGAGGGACACUCUGCGCCGGUAUCAAGCUCAUGGAAGCCUGUGAGGCGGAAGUCGUGGAAUGCAGUUGCAUGGUCGAGCUCAAGGCGUUGAAUGGCAGAGAGAAGUGCCUCGCCGCUGGAGCAAAGUCUGUGAUUGGACCUCAGCCAGCUGUUGAGCAGAAGCAGGUGGCACAACAGCAGGCAGAACGUGCCCGGUACAUGGUGUUGAAGGCUCAGGAGGAGAAGAAGCGAACGAUCAUCCACGCCGAAGGCGAGAAAGAGUCGGCGAGGAUGAUUGGUGAUGCGAUCAAGGCCAAUCCAGGUUUCGUCGAACUGCGAAAGAUUUCGGUCGCGAAGGAGAUCUCUAGCUUGCUUUCCAAGUCCGCUAAUCGAAUGGUGCUCUCGACGGAGUCGCUUCUCAUGAGCCUCAGUGAUGACAGUGAUGGCAAGGCAAGUCUUCAGCAGCUGCCCAACGCGAUAUGCCAGGAUGACCAGGAAUGGCUCCAAAGCAUCAACAUCGGCCAUGGCCAUGCCAUGAGUGCCAGGCCUAUGCAGCUGCACUCCGAGAGCAUCCUGCUCUACGAGGAGUUCGCGCAGCGCCCAGAAAAGCAGAUCGGCCCCGCCGCCACUGCCAUCCAGAGAGAGCUCAUCGGAGAGGGCAUUGCUCUGGAUGAGGUCGUGGCCAACAAACGGUCCUCGGGCUGGGCUGUCCGGCAGAGGCAAGCACAGCGCAACGACCUGGGCCACUUCUGCUACGGUUGUGGGCAGCCUCUAAGAGAUCUGAACGAGGAGGUUACGGUCUGGACAGGCGCAGCGAUUUACCGUCGCUUCCAUCCUGCUUGUGCAGCUUCGUAUGUCCUUCGCGCUGAUGGGCAGUCGGCUGUUGACAGGAGUCGAGACCGUUUGCGAGAUGAUGUCGUGGAGGGCUACGCAGAUGCUUGGCGGGCACCACGGCCGGUUCGGCCAGUAGAGGCUGCCAGGCAAUGGCUUCUCUCAGAGGAUCAGCGUGCCUGGGGCUCACUUCGUGGAGACCUCUUCACGACAGUGACGGUCAACGAGAAUGGCAAGAAGAAGGCAGUUCCGGGGCUCUCUCAUGAACAGCUGCGCAUUCUGCAGACUAAACACAGGUGGCAGCCAGAUGCCCCUGACUUCCGCGAAGGCCAGGAGCCAGAGCACCUCGAGUGCGCAGUCUGCUUCGGUGCCCCAGAUGCCUCGAGCUGCUGCAUCAGGCUGCCCUGUGCUCCCCAGCACGUGUUUCACCUCAGCUGCGUCCUCCCGUGGCUGAAGAAGGCCUCGCUGUGCCCCACAUGUCGCAGAGACUUGCGGCCCUUGCUGAAGUAG